GCGCGGCUGCGGGACGCGCGCCCGCCACCGCCCGCCUCCCGCAGGCCGGGGCGCGGGGCACCGCGGACGCGCCUCUCUGCCAGCCACCAGGAGGAGAGCCCGGGGAGAGCCGCCAGCCCGCGGGGUGCCCAAGCAGAGACCGGCUUCUUCCUUCCCUGCUCCCUGGAGACAGGGGAACCUCAGAGGAGAGGAGCAGAUCCCUGGUCCUCUCGUUGGCCCUGAGCUGGAUGGAGUGAAAGAUGCGGCCGGAUGACAUCAACCCGAGGACGGGGCUGGUGGUGGCCCUGGUCAGUGUCUUCCUGGUGUUUGGCUUCAUGUUCACUGUCUCUGGGAUGAAAGGAGAGACGCUGGGAAACAUCCCCCUCCUGGCCAUUGGGCCGGCCAUCUGCCUGCCAGGCAUUGCAGCCAUCGCCCUGGCCAGGAAGACCGAGGGGUGCACCAAGUGGCCCGAGAAUGAGCUGCUGUGGGUGCGCAAGCUGCCCUGUUUCCGGAAGUCCAAAGACAAGGAGGUGGUGGAGCUGCUGAGGACCCCUUCGGACCUGGAGUCAGGCAAGGGGAGCUCCGACGAGCUGGCUAAGAAGGCGGGCCUCAAGGGGAAGCCUCCCCCUCAGGGGCCAAAUGAGGUGCCCAUGGCCAGCUCCAUCACCACCUCCAGCCCCACAGAGGAAGGAGAAUGCCAGAGCCCGGUCCAGAGCGGGCACCGGGAGGAGACCUCCAGAUACCUGGAUGGCUACUGUCCUUCGGGCAGUUCGCUCGCCUACAGUGCCUUGGACGUCAAGUGCUCUGCCUGGGACAGGUCCGAGUGCCCUGAGCCCGAGGACAGCAUUUUCUUUGUGCCCCAGGACAGUAUCAUCGUUUGCUCCUACAAGCAGAACAGCCCCUAUGACAGAUACUGUUGUUACAUCAACCAGAGCCAAGGCAGGUGGGACCAUGAGACAAUAGUCUAGGCUUUGCAGAGGAGAGUUCGCUGUGCAACUCAAAGCGUGGCUACUACGCUCAGCUCCCAAAGGAAGGCGCCUGCCCUGCUCCAACAGCCUCACCCUGUUAGAAGCGGGUACGUGAUGGCCGUGCAGCCCUCCAGUGCCCAAAAGCCGUGUAAAUAGGCAUGUUGGGGACACAUGAUAGGGAAAGGUGGUAAGGAUUAAGGACACUGGAAGAGGCUGUGAGUAGGCAAGGAAGUGGGUCUGGUUGCCUUUUUUAACAACUGAAAUCAUGUUAGCUGCUUUGUAACCCCCCCAGGAGCUCCCCGACCUCUAACUCUGAAGUGAACUGCAAAUAGCAGGCCUGGCAGUCCCUGGGCUAUCCCGAGGGCAGUGAGCUGCUUUAUGGCUGAAGAAACUGAAAGAGAAAAUGACUGAAUUCUUCAUACUAGAACAUUAUAUCUGUCAGGAGAAAAGCUUUUUCACACCUGCUAUUUGCUGGGGGGAAAAAAAAUAAUCAAGCUAGAAUAGUGGCAUCCUUGAAGCAGGAAUGAGAGAGUUAAAGGCGGUUGAAUUAUGUAAGUGAGUUUGAUUAUUCUCUGACAAAAAUUGGGGAAUUAAAAUAAAGUAAAAUCAGUGUGACUGGUUAUGUGAAAUUCUUAAUACUUUAAGAUGACUCUGUUGAACUCUUAAUUUAAAUGGACUUGCUGGGUCUUUAUCUGAAGUGUUUUUAACAUUUACUAUCAUUCAUGUAUAAUUUCCUCAUCAGGUGCAAAAUGACUUGAUGUAAUAUUUUCAUAGAUUAGAAUUUGCUUUCAUCAAGUCACAAUGGGUUUUACGUACAUAUACAAGUGUCUAACAUUUUGAGGAGACAUGUACUGGUAAUUACUUUCCCUGUAUGCCUUUUAAAAUCUAAAGAGAGCUAAAUCUUGGUCUUUAUGCAAAAUUCAUAUGAAAUGCAAUGGUUAAACUUCUGGGUAUGUCAUUAUUUGUAUAUCUGUUUAGUACUCCCCAAAACUAUAAAUGCCAAUGAAAUAAGAAUUAUUCUGCCAUACUUAACUGAGCACAGUUUUUAUUAAGCUCAUUUGAUCCAUGAACAUUACAUGACAGAAGCCCAUUUUAUUUUAUACUUAAUGCUUUGCUGCUGAGAGUAAAGUCACAAUGGGAUUACAAAAUGUAUUUUCUAUUUCACUUCCUCAAUUGUAGCAAGAAAGAAGGCAAUUGGUCAGAAUAACUCAUCUCUCUUGAAGAGAAAUUAUUUUUAUUUAUGAAAACAUGGUGUAUUUCAUCUUGUAAAUCAGAAAAUUUUUGUAUUCUUUAAGAAUGAUUAUCUAAUUUUUAAUGGUCAUAUUAUUUCAGUCUCUCUCUCCCAAAAGGGUAAUUGAGGACAAAAAUUUGGGGGCAUAGCUCUUUUCUGUAUUUUCAGUUUGACUCUAAAAUUUUUUAAGUGUAGCAAAUUGUUUUAGGAAUCAUGCCAUUAAGUUUUGGAAAAUAUCUAUUUCUUCUAGGGAGAUAAAAAAAAUUUACUUGUCCAUCAAUAUUCAUACUAAAGGUAAAAAGUACCAGGCCCUAGUAAAAACACAAUUUGCAAAUCAAGUUCAAUAUUUAAAAAAUAUAAUUAUUUUAAUAUGACUUAAAUGUCAGAAAGUGUGAUAUGUGAUCUUUGGCAAACUGUGUCUUUUCAUAUCUCAGUUUCCAGAAAUGGGGAGAAUGGGCACUAGAUUAGUUCAUUCCCAGUUUGACUAUUCCCUGGCAUUAUGUCAAAGGCAUUUUAUGUAUUACCAGAAAAUAAGCUACAGUAAAAUGCAUGUCAAAGCUAUGUAAUUCACAAUAAUGAUUAUGUGACAUGAACUGAAUUCUUGUUACCACUCAAAAGAAUUUUGUAGAUGUAUAAAAGUGUAUUUGUUUUAUUACCAAGUAUUAUUUAUACAACAAAAUACAUUUCUGAAAAUAAAAUGAAGCUAUUAAGA